AUGACGCUCCGGCGGGCUCACGUCGCUCCCAAUCCUCAGCUGACGCAGACAUACCGUGCGCAAAAGCUUAUAGGACACAGUUCUGCAUCCAAAGAGCGUCCCGCUCUCGUCACCAUUCAGCAAAACACUCGUCGCAACAAGCCUCGUCCUGGCGUUGUGCCAGACGAUGAGGCGCCAGCCAACAAGAUCUCUGCUGGAUCAAAGCGAAAGAGACCCCCGGGAGGGAUCGAAAACGCUGCUGCUGGCCCCUCGAAUCCGCGGUCCGCCAAACGCUUGAAGCGAAGCGCAUCCCCGGCGCAAUCAAAUUCGGACAGUGAUACGGCCGCAAUGGAUACCGAAGAGAGCAGCGAAACAGAUGAGGAGGAAACUCUAGACUAUUACCUCUUCGAUGCCCCGCUGUCAGAGCUCAAAAAGCUCAGGAAAGACGAGUUGGUGGCAUUCUACAAGGAGGCAAACAUAGCGCGUCCCGCAUCAGAGGUUGAGCAGCUCACGCGUCUCCAUCUCGCAAACGCUAUUAUUGCCGCGCGUAGCAAUCGUCACCGACGCGGAGUUUCAAAGCGUGCCCCUAACGGAAAACAACCCCGUCCUGGCCGUACCCUUGGCAUUGGUCGCCCUCCUUUUACACCAGACUCGGACGACUAUCGAACAAACCGGUCAAACCAGACUCGAACAAAUCUUCGCCGUGCAGCAACAGACGGAGACGCUGGCUCCAAGACUGGACAACCAAUCGGGCGCUCCUUCUCAUUAAACAUGCUGGUGAAACCAAACAACGGUCGGGAUAGGAGAGCAAGGAUCGACUCUCAUUGUUCUUCGCGCUCCGAUGAUGUUCCUCCCAUCACCCCUAUCUCUCCCCCCAUUACUCGCAAGCGUGUCCAGUCUGACCCGAGGCAUGUUCACCUCGAGCAUGACGAUUCAGAUGUCGAGUUGCCCAGAACUUAUGAGCCUAGUCCGCGGCGUCUACGAUCUCAUGGAGAGCGGUCCUCGCAAGACAGUAGCCGUGCAGGUAGAAAGCUUCCUGGUCGCUCGGUGAAGCCAAAGAUAGGAGAACUACAGGAAGAAGACUCAGAUGGAUUCGAUAGCGAGGGGAGUGCCAUGGACGCUGUGCCAGCAUCGUCUACAGUCGAUACGGAUCGCGACGAGGACUCUGAAAACGACGAUGAAGACGAAGAAGAUGAGGACAGACUCUCGCCACGCAAACUCCGAAAUGGAAAGGUCAUCACUGUCGAGGAGGAAGAAGAGGCCAACAGUGAUUCCGAGACUGAAGAUCCCAAUGCCUCUGGGGACACCGAAUACAUGGAAGAGGAUGAGGAAGACGCGGAAUCAGAAAGCAUUGGCGGGGAUAACGAUGCGGAUGAAGACUACGACGACGAUGUCGACCUCUCAGAGGAGACUAUCAAGUCACUGAUCCGGUACAGACGGGAAGAGCUGGUCCGACUUUGCGAGUCAAGGAACCUCGAUGUUGAUGGGACCAAACCGCAGCUUGCCAAAGCCUUGCUUGAAUGGCGUGACUCUCAGCAACCCUCUUCCAGUGCAUCGACCGUUCGUGCACCGUCUACCGAGCACCCAAAGAAGCAGCGACACCGCCCACCGGUCCUCGAACGAUCAGGUCGUGUGCAUGUAUCACAACCCCGUACGCCUCCUUUGUCCGAAGAUCACGGCAUCGAAAGCGUCCAAGGGGUUGAGAUCCAUGGUACUGCGGAAGAGCCAGAACUCGAAUUCGACCUCGGCUCUCUUGGACUGGAAGACAAAGAAAUUCCAUACGAGAAGCUUGUGAAGAAGGAGAAAAUUGGAAGUGGCGGUUUCAAAGACGUCUAUUCGGGCCUUCUGGGGAAUCGCAAGGUGGCGAUUGCCGAGUUUAGAGGAACUCUCACUGCCAUGGAUAUCAAGGAGCUGCAGUUGUUGCGUGACCUCAGCCAUGACAAUAUCGUGCGCUUUUACGGCGUGAGCGUUCCCGAGAACACGAAGGAAACUCCCGUGAUGAUGAUUAGCGAGCUUUGCGCCAACGGAGAUCUCUUUGACUAUGUGCGCAACGAAAAGGCACCGUCAUUCUCUCGAGUGCUACGCCUCAUGUUCGACAUUGCCAGUGGCUUGGAGUACCUACACAAGCAUAAGCCUUCUAUCAUUCAUCGAGACUGCAAAUCCUCAAACAUUCUGAUCACCCGCAAUGGGAGAGCCAAGAUUGCAGACUUUGGCCUAGCCAAAGUCAAGCAGUCGACGCGCUCGAUGGUGCGAAGUCUCGUAGGCACCGUCAACUGGCAAGCCCCAGAGCUUUGGAACGCACAUCCCAAAUACGAUCACAAGGUGGACGUGUUUUCGUGUGCGAUGGUGUUCUGGGAAAUCCUCCAAUGGCAUCUUCCCAAUAAAAAGUAUCCAUGGGAAGGCAUGAAUGAGCAUGCCAUAUAUGACGCUGUGGGGGCGAAAAGACAGCGCCCCUCUGUUUCUGGUCUUAGAAAACAAUGGAGUCCUGAAAUUGUGGACCUGAUUGAGCGCAUGUGGGCCCAAGACCCGCGAGACAGACCCUCAAUGUCUGAGGUUGUAGAAGAGUUGGACAACAUGCGCGCAUGA